GUCCCUCUCCUCCCCUCCCCCCUUCCUCCUCCUGCUCCAGCCUCGGCGGCCGCGGGGGUGACCGAUGCUAUGGAGUAAACCGGUGACCGCGGCCAGGCGCGGAGGUCGAGCAGGGACAGGCAGGUGGCUUUUCUGGGGGCGGGGGUGGGGGUGAGCGAUCCCCAGCACCGCCCCUCCCAGGAGGAGAGGAGAAAGGUAACUGGAAGCACCUGCUGUUGCAGCCAUGGAGUCCAUGCUUAAUAAACUGAAGAGUACUGUUACAAAAGUCACAGCUGAUGUCACCAGUGCUGUAAUGGGAAAUCCUGUCACUAGGGAAUUUGAUGUUGGUCGACACAUUGCCAGUGGUGGUAAUGGGCUGGCUUGGAAGAUUUUUAAUGGCACAAAGAAAUCAACAAAGCAGGAAGUGGCUGUUUUUGUCUUUGAUAAAAAGCUGAUUGACAAAUACCAAAAAUUUGAAAAGGAUCAGAUCAUCGAUUCUCUGAAGCGAGGAGUCCAGCAGCUAACUCGGCUACGGCAUCCUCGGCUGCUUACUGUUCAGCACCCUUUGGAGGAAUCAAGAGAUUGUUUGGCAUUUUGUACAGAACCGGUUUUUGCCAGUCUAGCCAAUGUCCUUGGUAACUUGGAAAACCUUCCUUCCACUGUAUCUCCGGAUAUGAAGGAUUAUAAACUUUAUGAUGUAGAAACCAAAUAUGGGUUGCUUCAGGUUUCUGAAGGGUUGUCAUUUUUACAUAGCAGUGUGAAGAUGGUUCAUGGUAAUAUUACUCCUGAAAAUAUAAUUUUAAAUAAAAAUGGAGCCUGGAAAAUAAUGGGUUUUGAUUUUUGUGUAUCAUCAACCAAUCCUUCCGAACAAGAGCCAAAAUUUCCGUGUAAAGAAUGGGACCCAAAUUUGCCAUCGCUGUGUCUUCCAAAUCCUGAAUAUUUGGCUCCUGAAUACAUCCUCUCUGUGAGCUGUGAAACAGCCAGUGACAUGUACUCUUUAGGAACUGUCAUCUACGCUGUAUUUAAUAAAGGAAAACCUAUAUUUGAAGUCAACAAGCAAGACAUUUACAAGAGUUUCAGUAGGCAAUUGGACCAGUUGAGUCGCUUAGGAUCUAGUUCACUUACGAGUAUACCAGAGGAGGUCCGUGAACAUGUGAAACUACUGCUAAAUGUAACUCCGACUGUGCGGCCAGAUGCGGAUCAGAUGACAAAGAUUCCUUUCUUUGAUGAUGUUGGUGCAGUGACGUUACAAUAUUUUGAUACUUUAUUCCAAAGAGAUAAUCUUCAGAAAUCACAGUUUUUCAAAGGACUGCCGAAGGUUCUACCAAAACUUCCCAAGCGUGUCAUCGUGCAGAGGAUUUUGCCUUGUUUGACCUCAGAAUUUGUAAACCCCGACAUGGUACCUUUUGUUUUGCCAAAUGUUCUACUAAUUGCUGAAGAAUGUACCAAAGAAGAGUAUGUGAAGUUAAUAUUACCUGAACUUGGUCCUGUGUUUAAACAGCAGGAGCCAAUCCAGAUUUUGCUAAUUUUCCUACAAAAAAUGGAUUUGCUGCUAACUAAAACCCCUCCCGACGAGAUAAAAAACAGUGUCCUGCCAAUGGUUUACAGAGCGUUAGAGGCUCCUUCGAUUCAGAUCCAGGAGUUAUGUCUCAACAUCAUUCCAACCUUUGCAAAUCUCAUUGACUACCCAUCCAUGAAGAAUGCUUUGAUACCAAGAAUUAAAAACGCCUGUCUGCAAACAUCUUCCCUCGCUGUCCGUGUAAAUUCAUUAGUGUGCUUAGGGAAGAUUUUGGAAUACUUGGAUAAGUGGUUUGUGCUUGAUGAUAUUCUACCCUUCUUACAACAAAUUCCAUCCAAGGAGCCUGCAGUCCUCAUGGGGAUUUUAGGGAUUUACAAAUGUACUUUUACACAUAAAAAGUUGGGAAUCACCAAAGAGCAGCUGGCUGGAAAAGUAUUGCCUCAUCUGAUUCCCCUAAGUAUUGAAAACAAUCUUAAUCUUAAUCAGUUCAAUUCCUUCAUUUCUGUUAUAAAAGAAAUGCUUAGUAGACUGGAAUCUGAACAUAAGACUAAACUGGAGCAACUUCAUAUAAUGCAAGAACAGCAGAAAUCUUUGGACUUAGGAAAUGCUUCUGAGGAAUCAAAAGUUGCAAAUAUUGGGAAUCAGCAGAUUGACAAGGUGUUUAACAAUAUUGGAGCAGACCUUCUGACUGGUGGUGAAUCAGAAAAUAAAGAUGACACAUUACAGAAUAAACAUAAAAAAGUAUCACUUACACUUGAAGAAAAACAGAAAUUAGCAAAAGAACAAGAGCAAGCACAGAAGUUAAAAAGCCAGCAGCCCCUGAGACCCCAAGUGCAUACACCUGUUGCUCCCGUCAAGCAGACUAAGGACUUGACAGACACAUUGAUGGAUAACAUGUCAUCUUUGACCAGCCUUUCUGUUGGUACUCCUAAACUUCCUGCUUCAAGUUCCUUCUCCUCUGUUCCUUCCACGGGCCUGGGCAUGCUGUUUUCUACACCAAUUGAUAAUACAAAGCGAAAUUUGACAAACGGCCUAAACGCCAACAUGGGCUUUCAGACUUCGGGAUUCGGCAUGCCAGUUAAUCCAAACCAGACCUUCUUCAGUCAUUCAAGCACCGCUGGGGCGACCAGGAUGGCUGCGGGCCCACCCGCCGCCUUUACAGGCCUUGCUGACUUGAGUGUCCCACUUGCUGCGGGGGUGAAACAGACCCAACAGAGACCCACAGAUAUGUCUGCACUUAACAAUCUCUUUGGCCCUCAGAAACCCAAAGUUAGUAUGAACCAGCUAUCACAACAGAAACCAAAUCAGUGGCUUAAUCAGUUUGCUCCUCCUCAAGUUUCUCCAGGUAUGGGUAGUUCAGUAAUGGGGACACAGAUGAACAUGGUAGGACAACCUGCCUUUGGUAUGCAGGGCAAUCCUUUCUUUAACCCGCAGAACUUUGCUCAGCCACCAACUACAAUGACUAACAGCAGUUCAGGCAGCAAUGAUUUAAAAGAUCUUUUUGGGUGAGGUGUCUUGCUCCUGUUUUUGAAGGAUUACUUCAGUUUUAGUCAUGGAGGAGCUGAUUGACAUUGUAUAGAUGGCUUGAAGGAACUACGUGGGGAAGUGAAUGGUUCUGUGACAGAAAACACGGUUUUCCAUGCCAGCCGACAUAGUAACUGUGUGGACUCCUAACUAGUUGAAUUUUUUAAAGCAUUGAGGAUUUUUUUUCCUCUUACCAAUUCCUCUUCAGGUUUUUAAAGAUUCAACUCUUAGCAAUCUCAAGGAGGGAAAAAAAAAAAACAGAUCAACUAAGUUAUCUUCAGUAACAGAACUUUCAAAUCACAUGUUUAUUUUGACUUGUAAAUCUCGGUGUUAUUUUAAAAUUGAGUUGACUGUAACUGCAAGUGUAUCUGUUGGGCUCCGCUUGGCAAACAGUCUGCCAUUACAAGUCAUUGGCCUUCACUUGAAUAUGUAAAAAAUCUUGAUGCUGUAUUUAUUUAUUUGCAUUUAGUAUGACCAGCUGGGAAGAUAUAAGCAUAAAGGGAAAGAUCAGGUCAUUGGCUUUUUCCAAUUUUAUUUGCUUUCAUCAGAUGAACUAAUGUAAAGUGCAAAAGACAGAGUAAAUGCUGCAAAUUAAACUUGCUCUGAUUUCAUUGGUUUAAAAUGCAUCAUUAACCAUCUCAUAAUGCAAACUGAUCAUUGUAAACUAUAUUUUAGCAUGAUCUGCCUCAAAUAGUAAUGUAUUUUUCUGCAUUUACUUGAAUGUAUUUAGAAUCACUUUUUUCCUACUGUACCACAGGAGCGUGUACUUAUUUGUACAGGGAUUUGACAAAGCAUCUGAUGUAAUUUCCCUGACUUUUGCCUUCAUAUUUCAUUUUGAAUUCAAACUUCUGAGGCUGCACCAUAUAAAAAUUACAUUUUCAAAAGGAGAUUUGUAAGAAUUAAAUUAUAUUUAAUGAGUAAA